CCGAGACGACCAACCAGAUGCAGGAGAAGCUGGGCGAGCUGGAGGAGACAGUGAGCACCGUGCAGGAGGAGCGAGAGGAGGAGAUGGCGAAGGCAGUGUGCUCCAACUGCACCUUCGACUCCAAAGUGCUUUUGGGGGAGCUCGUCCUGCGCUGCGAAAAACUGGAGGAGGAGGUGGACUCCCUGGAGUCCCGGCAGAUAGCUGUGGGCAAGGUGGAGAACCUCAUAAAGCAAAGGAGCCAGGACCAGCAGCUCCUGCAGCACAUGGAGGACAUGGAGGACAGAGUCAGGAAGAUUCAAGGGGACUGUGAGGAGCUCAGCUUGGUCUCAGAAAACCUCCAGAAGGACUGUGAGAAAAAGCAGAAAGCUAUUGAGAUGCUGUUCCAGUCCUUGGAGAGACUGAAAAAGGAGAAGACAGCUGAGGAGAACAUGUUGACAGCAAUGGACAUGAAAUCUGCCUUGGGCAGCAAAGUCAAUCGCACCCAGUUUGAGGCGAGCAUGGAGCGGAUAGAUCAGAGGAUGCAGAAGAUGCAGAACCAGGUGUUGGGACAGAAUGAGCACUGGAAUGAGCUGCAGGAGAAGCUCAGUCACAGGAUAGAAAACAAGCUGGAUCGUGGGGAGCUGAAGUAUUUCCGUGAGCAGAUGGAGGAGACCUGGAAGAAGAGCAUCAAGGAGCUUGAGGACAAGAUGGCCGAGAGUGACAGCGCCGCUGGGCUGAGGAAGUGAGUGGGAUGGGGAUGG